AAGUUAGAAGGGGGUGCGUAGUGCGUACCAAAAAACCAUCUUCCUUUCCUCUUCCUAUCCUAUCAAAAAACGAAGAACAAGUACACACCAACAAAUGUCUCAAACGCCAAGACUCCCCAACUUCUCCUACUUGUCUUCCAUAAACAACCUAAACAAAACACUCCUUUCUUAAAAUUCCACAAUGAUAAACAACAACAAAGAAUAUUGCUUUCACCAAUUCUGCUUCUUGCUUCUGAUUUUUCAAUUUCUUCGUCCAAUUCUUGCUUUACCUACUGAUACUAUCACACCAACACAGCCUUUAACCAAAGAUCAAACGUUAGUGUCCUCCGAUCAACUCUUUGAAUUAGGUUUUUUUACUCCGGGUGGUGCUAAUUCAGACAAAUGGUAUGUUGGAAUCUGGUACAAAGAGAUUCAAGACAGGACUGCUGUUUGGGUUGCUAACAGAGCCAACCCCCUUUCAAGCUCAGCAAAAUCAGUCCUGAAAAUCACCGAAACUGGCACCCUUAUACUUACCGAUGGCCAAACGGGGAACUCCGUUUGGUCUUCAGAGCAAAAAACCCCGGCAACAAAUGUUGUAGCCCAGCUCCUGGAAUCAGGGAACUUUGUUGUUCGCCCUGAAAACGAUGAAACCAAACAGAGUUACUUGUGGCAGAGCUUUGAUUAUCCGACAGAUACAUUGUUACCUGGGAUGAGACUUGGAUGGGAUUCGAAAACUGGGCUGAACAGGAACAUAACAUCAUGGAAGACACCAACUGAUCCAGCUCCUGGAGACUACACUUUCAAGAUCAACACCAGUGGAUUACCAGAAAUCUUCUUAACGAAUAAACAAGAAAUUAUGUACCGCAGUGGCGCUUGGAAUGGGAUUAGAUUCAGUGGGGUGCCUGAAAUGAAGCCUACUGAGAUCAUAACAUUCGAAUUUCAGUUCAAUUCCGAUGAAAUUUCUUACAUGUUUGAGUUACACAACAAGACAUUGUAUUCCAGGUUGUUGGUGAAUCAUAAUGGACUUCUUGAAAGAUACACUUGGAUUCCAACAAACAGUAUAUGGAAUCGAUUCUGGUAUGCACCAAAAGACCAAUGUGACAGUUACACAGAGUGUGGAGUAUCUGGAAUUUGCGAUACAAAUAUUUCACCAAUAUGUAAAUGUAUGGUGGGAUACAAGCCUAAAAAUCAAAUAGCGUGGGAUUUGCGAGAUGGAUCAGAUGGGUGUGUUCGUUUUCAUAAAUUGGAUUGUGAAACUGAUGAGUUUAAUGUAUUGAGGAACAUGAAGUUGCCAGAUACAACGUGGUCGUUUGUGGAUAAAAAUAUGAAUUCAGAUGAAUGUGAAAGUAUGUGUAGGAAGAAUUGUUCUUGUAUGGCUUAUACAAAUUCGAAUAUUAGUGGAAGCGGGUCGGGUUGUGUGAUAUGGAGCUCCGAACUUAUUGAUAUGCGGCAGUAUGCGGCCGCGGAAGGUGGACAAGUUCUCUACGUUAGGGUGUCUUCUUCUGAUGCAGUGCAAAUUGGAGGUGUGGGAUCUGGAAAUAGUUCUGGCAAGACAAAAAAAGUUGCAAUGGCUGCUGGGAUUACAGUUGGUAUAGCUCUUUUGCUAGUUGUAUUUACCCUCUGCUUCUUAUCAAAGAGAAGAAAAUAUCAAGGUUCAAUCCGAACGAAGUCUGAAAAUAGAGGCACUAGUGAACGAAGUCAAGAGUUUCUAAUGAAUGCAGCUAUUAUUCCGAGUAAAAGAGAGUUCUCCGGUGAAACUUCCACGGAAGAGUUUGAAUUGCCAUUAUUUGACUUCAGCACCCUAGCUAUGGCAACAGAGAAUUUUUCUGAUGCGGCUAAGUUAGGCCAAGGUGGUUUUGGCUGUGUUUACAAGGCAAUACUGGUUGAAGGUCAAGAAGUAGCAGUCAAAAGGCUCUCAAAGAAUUCCGGCCAAGGAGUAGAGGAAUUUAAGAAUGAGCUAAGAUUGAUUGCCAGGCUACAACACAGAAAUCUAGUCCGGCUUCUUGGCUGCUGUGUUGAUAUGGAAGAGAAGAUGCUGAUCUAUGAAUACUUGGAAAAUAAAAGUUUGGAUUCAAUUCUGUUCAAUAAACAGAAGAGCUCGCUGCUGGAUUGGCAAAGGCGGUUCAAUAUUAUUUGUGGGAUUGCUCGGGGGCUUCUAUACCUUCACCAAGAUUCAAGAUUUAGGAUUAUCCAUAGAGACCUUAAAGCAAGCAAUAUUCUUCUUGAUAAAGAUUUGACCCCCAAAAUAUCCGAUUUUGGCAUGGCAAGAAUUUUUGGCGGGGAUGAGACUGAAGGAAAUACAAAAAGAGUUGUUGGAACCUAUGGUUACAUGUCUCCGGAAUAUGCAAUGGAUGGCCUCUUCUCUGUUAAGUCCGAUGUUUUCAGCUUUGGGGUUUUGGUGUUAGAAAUAGUAACUGGGAAGAAGAACAGGGGAUUCUAUAAUCAAAACAACCAUCUCAACCUUCUUGGACAUGCGUGGAGGCUAUGGAAAGAUGGGACCAGCUUGGAGCUACUGGAUCCAUCUGUUGGAGAGCCGUUUUCUCUAUCUGAAGUGAUGAGAUGCAUACAAGUUGGACUGUUGUGCGUCCAGGAGCAAGCAGAAGACAGACCAAACAUGGCUACUGCAGUUCUGAUGUUAGGCAGUGAAAGCGCAUCACUGCCUCAGCCUAAAAACCCAGGAUUUUGCCUUGGAAGAAGAACUCUUGAUUCAGAUUCAUAUUCAACUAAUUAUGAAGAAACUUGCACUGUCAACCAAGUUACAGUUACCGCGAUAGAUGGCCGGUAGUUGAUGGUAUCACCCUCAAAAGUGUAUAUUAUUAUAAGAGGUUCACAGUUUUCUCUUGUAUACUUCAUCAAAUUUUUGUUUCUGGGUAAGUCUUGUGAAAGCUAAAGAGUAUAAUUAGGUCUUUUUUUCUCAUUACAUACAAUUACAAGUUAAAAGAUCCGUCCUGGUUCAUCAUCAAUGUAACAGUUCUUUCCUUUUCCAUAUCCUUGAAAUUCAUUGUAAAUUACUGUCCCAUCAUUGAUGUGAUUCAGAAGGAAUAGUUUUGUGCA